AUGUCUCUUCUCUCUCGCCUUUCAUGGGCAGCCUUGUUUGCCCUCGUCGGUGCCGACAGUUACAAAGAGCCUUUUCGACCUCAGUAUCAUUUUUCCCCAGCCAAGAACUGGAUAAACGAUCCUAAUGGAUUGGUUUUCCACAAGGACAAAUAUCACAUGUUCUACCAAUACAAUCCCACUGGUAACGUGUGGGGAAACAUUUCAUGGGGCCACGCUGUCAGCGACGACUUGCUGCACUGGAGUGAGCUUCCCAUCGCUCUCGAUGCUUUCCAGGCGCCGUCAGGACCUUUGACAGAGUUAUACUUCUCAGGCAGUGCUGUGGUAGACUCUGGGCGAUCCUCGGGCUUCGGAAACAAAGGACAAACUCCGCUCGUGGCCGUAUAUACAUCUCUAUACACACAGGAUAUGACCCUCCCCAGUAACCAGACUGUGAGGAACGGUCAACAGUCUCAGUCCAUUGCUUACAGCUUGGACGACGGACUCACCUGGAGCGAGUACGAAGGCAACCCUGUGAUUCUGGGGCCGCCUUCAGCAUAUUCCGAUCAGUAUCAGAACUUUCGCGACCCAUUCGUCUUCUGGUAUGCCGCGGGCCAACACUGGGUCAUGGUUGUGUCCCUUGCCCAGGAACACAGAAUUCUCCUGUAUAAGUCCUCAGAUUUGAAAGAAUGGACCAUUACCGGAGACUUUGGCUCGGUGAACGCCGUCAGUGGUGCAUGGGAGUGUCCCGGAUUGUUCCCAUUGCCGGUCGACGGCAAUGAUCAUGACAUCAAGUGGGUGUUAAUGGUCGGAAUCAACCCAGGCGCCGUCGCCAUUCCCCAGGGAUCGGGAACGCAGUAUUUCAUUGGUACCUUUGAUGGGUCGAACUUCACUGCAGAUCCUGGCACCAUCCUUUCUUCCCCAGUGCCAGCCCACUACACAGUCUACGAGGACUGGAAUAAAACAUCCUUUGCUGCUUCAUCGUGGACACCCACGGGCGACUUUGUCGGAGAGGGCCCUGAGGGUGGCACUGUCCUGACCUUGUGGGGCAAAAGCAAAGGCGACGGCGACGGCGAUAUCGGAUCGCUUACCUCGUCCAACUUCACAAUCACUUCCAAGUACGUGCAAUUUCAGAUUGGCUGCUGCAGCAAUCCAGCCAUAGUUGGUGCGUACGGAACGCCGCAAGACAUAGAAACCACAAUCAACCUCCUCGUUAGUGGUGAGGUUGUGCGCUCCACAACUGGUGUGAGCGGUGGUGGUAUAACAUGGAGGAGCUGGGACGUCAGCGAUCUGGUCGGGCAGACAGCCAGCAUCAGGCUCAUUGAUUCGUCCUCUGGUGGCUGGGGUCACCUGCAAGUUGGCGAGAUUGUAUUCACCGACAGCCCCCUCCCGCAGGAAGCUAAUUGGGUUGACUGGGGUCCGGAUUUCUACGCCGCGACUUCGUGGAACGGGCUUGCUGACGAGACGCGCAUUGCCAUUGGUUGGAUGAACAACUGGGCAUACGGGACUGACAUCCCAACCUCUCCGUGGAGAAGUGCCAUGAGUAUCCCUCGAAAGCUGGAGCUCAAGAAUGUCCAGGGCAAGACCCAGCUGGUGCAGCAGCCACAACCCCGGCUUUCGCCUCUUGAACAAGGCAAGCCAUUGCAGCAGCGGUUUUGGAAGAACAUGUCCCCUGGAAACAUCACCCUUCCCCUUUCUGUCAAAUCAGUAGAUGCGGAGUUGACGUUUCAUGCGGGGAAGAAUCCUAAAGAGACUGGUAUCAGCCUAAGACAAGGGUCAGACGGAGCGGCAAUUCGAGUGGGAUACGACUUCGCAACGGCGCAAAUGUUUGUCGACCGUAGCGCGGAAACCCAAGAUGUUUCCUUCAGCAACUUGUUUCCCGGUAUCUACUACGCACCAUUGAGCGCCGAUCAUGAUGGAAUGGUCAAGCUCAGGAUUCUGCUUGACUGGUCCUCUGUCGAGGUAUUCGGCGGGCUCGGAGAGUCCGCAAUCACUGCGCAGAUUUUCCGCCCAGACUCUGAUCUGGCAGUUUCUGUUUUCUCCACUGGCGAUGCCCAUUCUGUGAGCCUCAAAUUAUACCCAGUGGGAUCUGUGUGGUGA